UCGCCCAAACCUCCCAUCUAUCCCACUCCACUCGUUUCCUCCCUUUCUCGCGCCAGAUAAGGCCCCCGCGGCCACCCGCACCGACCAUCGCCGCCGGUCAUGGUCGGCGUCGCCGCCGGAUUCGCCUUCGCGCCGGCCGUGUCCCGCGUCCCUUACAGGCACGCCGCCGUCCACUCCUCGGCCACGUCAUCGUCGGUGUGGUUCCCGGCUAGGCCGUGGAGGCGGGCCCGGGCGCGGGCGCGGCUCGUCGUGGUCGCGCGGUACUCGUCCUCCUUCGAGAGCGAGGAGGAGGAGGACGAGGAGGGGCUCGGCGGCGGCGGUGGGUGGGGGAGGAGGGACCGCGGCCCCGACCCCGACUACGACCCCGCCCUCGACAUCGAGCAAAUCGAGUCCUCGACUGUUAGGCUGUUGGAUGAACAGAAAAGAAUGGUUGGUGUGGUUUCUGUAAGCGAGGCUGUUCAAAUUGCAGAUGACAAUGAUCUUAUACUGGCGAUAUUAUCUCUGGAUGGAGAUCCUCCAGUAUUACGACUCUUUGAAGAGAAGGAAUACAAAAAACACAGGUAUGAACAACAGAAGAAGAAGAAAAUUCAGCAGAAAAGAUCUGUUGCAAAACGCAUGGGCUUGAAGGAGCUGAAAAUGGGGUACAACAUUGAUAUUCAUGAUUACAGUGUGAGGCUUAAAGCUGCAAGGAAGUUUCUUAAAGCUGGUGACAAGGUUAAGAUAAUGGUGAACUUGAAAGGACGGCAAAACUUGUAUAAAAAAGAGGCGAUUGAACUUAUUAGAAGAUUCCAAAAUGAUGUUGGUGAGCUAGCGACAGAAGAAAGUAAAAAUUUCGCAGAGAGGAAUAUAUAUGUGAUUAUGGUGCCCAAUAAGGCAGCUAUACAGAAAGAGCAGGACGAGUUGAACAAAAAGGAUAAAGAAGUGAAGGACCGAGCAGAGGACCAAUCAAACGGUGAUGGACCUCUGACUGAACAACUGGAGCAAAGUAAGGAGCCUGAGGCAGAAGUCUCAGCAAAUGUUUGAUUAAACAGUAAAGAUGAAGGGUGUCUUCUCUGAUUUGACAAGGUACCAUUUCUGUAAUUGCUGCCGUUCUUGUGUAAGAUACAAGGCUGGUGCUGUUGUGCCACAACAAUAUCGUCCGUCCGUGCCUAAAUCUGUUCACAUCAUCUCCGUAAGCUUUCGGUUAGGCGACUAGGCAGUCAGGCAGAAUACUGCACAACUUGUUUGCAAAGGCUAAAGAAGCAGGAGCCUGCUAUUUCAGCAGUGGCGGAUGAUACUUGAAGAGUUAUGGAUCAUUUCGUAUUGAACAAAAAUGAAGUUCGUUGUGAACUGUGCGACCACAGGAAGCAACCGAUGUGAGUCAUUAAGAUAGAGAAUUUGCUAGUAUUCUCCAGCACUAUGUAGUCGGUUACAUUAUUUUGGUUUUCGAGUUAUCAUGUCCAAUCGUUGUAGAGAAGAUCAAUUGUAUCUAUUUAACAAUCGCUUACUACCACGAAUUUUUUACCCUUGCCUCCCCUAGGAAUGUGUUGUGCAAGAUUUCUCUGUAUAAAAGUGAUCUAUUUUCCACA